AUGAGCGCCCCACUGCUCUUUGGGCGCACCUGCGCGAAACACGCCUUCCAAAACCAACAUAACGCCCUUCCCUUCUUCAGAUCCCAGGCCACUCGCUCCUUCACAUUUACUGCCAGAACAUAUAAUCGCCCUCGAUUCUUUCAAAAUGCUCGUCAAUUCUUCAGAAGUCCGCCUCCACCAGUCAAAGGUGGCUCUCUCUGCCUCGCCGCCCUCUCGCCCGCUGCUUUCGUAUCUCUGAGCGAGAACGACGAGUCAGACGAUGGCUUGACAGGCGAGCAACAGAUGCUCGAAGCUUCGAGGAAAGAGCUGGCCGAGCAAGUCCCUCGCUGGGUUGGAGGCUCAAAAUCUCUCCGUAAAGGUCUCUGGAGAUUCCUCGAUACUUGGAUCAUUGAACCUAUUGCCACUGGCUUCAGAUUACUACAUCUAAUCUUCAUCUUUGUUCCUGUCAUUGUGACGGUCCCUGUCAUCUGGUUCGGCCAAAGGCAACCCGAAAGAGAUAAUGAGAGGUCAGGAACACUCUGGUGGUAUGCUUUCUUGGUUAAUAGCAUGGAGAGAGCCGGUGCUGCUUUCAUCAAGCUCGGCCAAUGGGCUGCUUCCAGAACAGACAUCUUCCCAACCCAGAUGUGCGCCAUCAUGUCUGCUCUCCACUCCAAUGCUCCUGCCCAUUCGCUACGUCACACUAAGAAGACCAUCGAGCGAGCGUUCGGCAUGCGUUUCGAAGACAUAUUUGACGAGUUUGAUGAAAAGCCACUGGGUGUUGGCGCCAUAGCACAGGUUUACAAAGCAAGACUGAAGUCUGAUAUUGCUGUCACCGAAGACCUCGACCCUCACAACUCUGACACUUAUCGCGAAAAGAUCAAGAGAGGUGUUGAUAUUACAUUGAAGAGUACUCCCCAAAGAACGCCCUCGAAAUACGUUGCUAUCAAGGUCCUUCAUCCUAAGAUCGAGCGCGUUGUGCGCAGAGACCUGAAGAUCAUGGGUUUCAUGGCUUCAAUCAUCAAUCUGAUUCCUACCAUGGAAUGGCUUUCUUUUCCUGACGAGGUUGAACAGUUUGGCGAAAUGAUGCGUUUGCAGCUUGAUCUUCGUAUCGAGGCCGCCAACUUGACCAUCUUCCGAAAGAACUUCCGCAACCGCACCACCGCUUGGUUCCCUUACCCAUACACUCAGUACACUUCUCGUCAGGUUUUAGUUGAAGAGUUUGCUCAGGGUAUCCCUCUCGAGGACUUUUUGCAAAACGGUGGUGGUGUCUUCCAGAAGGAAAUCGCAGACGAAGGUCUUGAUGCCUUCCUUCACAUGCUCUUGAUCGACAAUUUCAUCCACGCCGAUCUGCAUCCUGGAAACAUCAUGGUUCGCUUCUACAAACCCGCUCAGAUCGACGUCAAGGGUAGCUUCUUCAGCCGACCAAAGCCUGAUCCCAAGCAAUCGACCGACGUAACCGAAGAAGUUCUUGGUCGUCUAAGGCCGCACAGGAAGUCAAAGGAGGACUGGGCUCAGACAUUAGAUCAGCUUGAUCACGAAGGCUACCGUCCCCAACUCAUCUUCAUCGACACUGGUCUAGUGACUGAGCUGAACGGCAUCAAUCGUCGUAAUUUCCUUGACCUCUUCAAGGCUGUCGCCGAGUUCGAUGGUUACAAAGCGGGACAUCUGAUGGUGGAGCGUUGUCGCCAACCGUCUGCCGUCAUCGACAAAGAGGUCUUUGCUCUUCGUAUGCAACAUCUGGUCUUAGGCGUCAAGAGCCGCACUUUUGCUCUUGGAAACAUCAAGAUUGGCGACAUCUUGAAUGAAGUAUUGAGUAUGGUCCGCGGUCACCACGUCAGACUCGAAGGCGAUUUUGUCAACGUAGUAUUGAGUAUCCUCCUUCUUGAAGGCAUCGGCCGCAGCCUAAAUCCUGACUUGGACUUGUUCUCUGGGGCUCUUCCCAUCUUGAGGCAAUUGGGUACCUCUGGAGGUGCAGGCAGUAUGCUCAAAGGAGGUGAUCUCUCGAUGAUCAAGGUGUGGGCUGGCCUCGAGGCGAGAAAGUUCAUGCAGGCUAGUAUCGAGAGUGUUGAGUCGUUGGUCGCUCAUGAUCAGUUGUCUCCCAAUAUAUAA